ACUUAGCUCCUCCUUUCUAAAGGCAUACCGGUAGUUCCUAGAUAAUAAAACAACAACUCUGUCUACUGCAUGUAAAAAAAGAACCACUAAUCUCAGUGUUUAUAUAACUGUAAUCCUAAAAAAAACCCUUUUGGAAAUAUGUCGGUCACCCCAGAUUUGAUUCGUGAAAAACUGAUAUCGGAGAUCGGUGCGAUACACGUGGAUGUAGAAGAUACGUCUCCUAAUAGAUGUGCAGCCAGUUUUAAAGUUCUUGUAGUAUCUCCUCAGUUUGAAGGGAAACCGUUGUUGCAAAGACACAGGAUGGUGAAUAAUUGCCUCGCUGAGGAACUGAAAGAGAUCCAUGCGUUUGAGCAGAAAACAUUGACACCAGAACAGUGGGAGAAACAGAAAGCACAAUGACGCAUACACACACACACACACACACACACACACACACACACACACACACACACACACACACAGACAGACUAUUCCUUUAUGCAGACAUCAAAUAAAACGGCAGUAUAUCUUGCUAUUUGUUGAUAUUGUCAUCUUUCCUUCCAAAGUAUGACAAUGCCAAUGUAAUGUAAAUCACCUGUAAAGCAUCCUGUGCAAAUUAUUACAAAUCACAAGCUGCAUUAUGUGCUAUAUAAGGGAUCUUUGAAAUUGUAGUAUGCUGACAAUAAAGAACAUUUCUGGACUGAA